GUGCUUAGAUCAACGCUCCCCAUCGGGCCACCGAUGACGUAUUGACGAGGCGAAGUCGAAUUCGGCGGGACGGGAUCUCGCCGCGUGUAUCGCACUGACAUAUGAGGGUCUGCCCCGCGGCUGCCGUGACCUUCUUCCUGUGCUGCUCUGCGGCAUCGCUUGUCGUGCGAGCACAAAAAGGUAGGGCGCCUGACUGCACGAGUGAUCAAGGAAGGCAGGCAUGGCCGCUUCCUCCCGUCCGUUCGUUCGCUCACCUCACCUGUGUGCAGGUGCUCACUUCGCGUCUGUCAAGAGGGUGCCGCAGGACGCGACAGAGGAGAGGAAGCGUCAACCAGUGGACUUGCCAAAAUUGGCUGAGUGAGUCAAUCAGGCAGCCUGUGAAGAAGUCUGAUUGGGCCCUCUGCUUUGCUCUCUCCGGUCAGGUCCUUGAACCUGGAGUUGGAGGAUGACGGAGGCGACGGCCGCACACGGCUGCACAGAGAGGACGAGCGGGGCAACAGGACGCGAGCAAGCCGCGAGAGAUCGUCAUCCGGCGUCAUCCCCAUAUUCGGCACGGAGAAUGUCAUGCGUAAGCCCGCGAUGGCAAUCAACCGUGCACUCUCUCUCUCUCUUGAUGCAUGUGCGCCCUGCAGCCGACCCUUCUCCCAGACCUCGUCGAGUGGUGAACACGAUAGAUCUCGAGAACUCCAUUCGCAUGUUUGGCAUACUGGCCAAUCCCGCCGACCCCGCCGGCGCCCUCGGACCCAAGACGCUGCUCACCGCCACCAACACGGGACUCGUGCUGCAACACCCCACCACGGGCAAACUGGUGACCGGACAGCGAUACACAUACACACCAAGUGGAGGGAUGGCAUGUGGCAUGGCAGAUUGCGGCUGAGCGUCCGCGUGAGUUCUUUCUGCCUGUGAUUGCUGGCGACGGCCGGAAGUACCCCCUGGACGUCAACGGCGAGCUCGAGGAGUUCGCCUUCUUCUCGAAGCCCGCCGCACAGUACGACCCCUCCAGCGGGCGAUUCUUCGUCGCCUACCUGCUCAACCAGUGCGAGCAGGUGCUCGCCGUAUCCAAGACCAGCGCGCCCAAGUCAUUCAGGCCCAAGGAGUGGCUCAUCGGGCGAUUCCCGGUGAGCGCGCAUCAGAGGAAUCGCUGUGUGUGGCUGCACAGUGGGAUAUCUGUGCGUGCAUUUGGUCAUCUGUCAGAUUGACGAGCGCGAGCCCAGCACCAUCUUCAACGCCACUGAGGAGCAGGAUCGCAACAGAACGGUGACGGCGGCGAUCUUGUCGGAUCUGCUGCAGGAGCUGUUUGGCUUCACGAACCCGGAUCCGAUUUGCCAGCCGAAAUUCUACCUCUCCCACCACAGCCUGGGGGUCUCCCCCACCAUCCUCGGCUUUGCCUACAACGUCUUCGACACAAAUAUAAGUAAGUACAAACAUACAGAGAAAAGCGGCUGAUCUGCCCACUGUAGUCUCUAUGUGUGCGUGGUCUGUGUGGCCGGCCAGACGUCACGCGUCGUCUUCUUGGCAGCCGCAGCGCAUUCAUUCCAAUGCGACAGAUCCUUGACCCCCAGAAUUUUGCAGACCUCUUGAUACGGGAUGAUGACACCCCCGACGAACCCCCUCUUCGUCCUGAACGAUGGCCGUCGAACCGAUUUGAGUUGGGACUCAUCGACGAAAACAACACUGACAUUCUUGAUAAGCCUACCAUCGAGAUUGUGGACCAAUUCGGAUCGCUCUCUCUUGUCCCAUACGUGCAAGGUAGGUCAGUGCAUGUCGCACGCAGACAGGCAGACAGAAACACGCGCACGGGCAUUCCCAUUCCUUUCCGUCUCUUUGUCACAGUGCCCGAAGAUCAGAAAAUUCUGUUGGGUCCCGUCGGCAGUGAGAUCUUCGCCAGCUUCGACCGCUCCGAGAACCCAGCGGAGCCAACAAUACUGCAAGAGACGGCAACACAGCUGGCGGGCUACUGGCUCUACGGCUUCACCAAUCGUGGCCCAGGUACGUGUGACCUUGGCGGGAAUGUCCCGAUGACACACGUGGAGUUAUGUCUCCCUCCCCUUCCCCCUCUGCACACACAGGGCGGCCCGACCCCAAGCAAUCGUUCCACACGCCGCUGAACGGCAUCUUCACCCCCCUGACGGCCUUCAGCCUUGACAGCUUCCUCAAUGGCAACACCGCCGCGCGAAAACUCAUAUUCGACCGUGUCAUCAACGAGACCAGCCCUUUCACCAAUGAAAGCCGUGUCGAUAACCCGAUCAAGGGCCUCAACUUCACCGAUCUAAACAGGCCCUUCGACCUGUCAGACCUAACACUGUCGGAGCUCUUAGAUUGGGACACCAACCGGCAACUCAACGAGACGACCCGGAUAGAAGUUAGAAAGGAGCUGGAAAAGGUGUUGGAGGUGCGGAACGACAUACUGUCGUCCCUGCAAUCCGGCAUCCUCACCGUCGGACCGAACGCAUUCUUCCCAGUGAGCCGAGCCGUGUGUUUGUGUACAUUAAGAUACAUGUGUGUGUGUGCGUGUCUUGACUUGUAUACAUGUAUCAGGCCGUUCAGUUCGACGAUCCGGAUGAGGACACGACAGGCAGCCAGCUGGGAGGGUUCGAGAUAUCCCUCGGUGAUGACUUCCUGCAGGUCAGAAGACAGGGAGAUAUACAUAAACAAAAUCGAUGGAUGCACCAUGUUUGUGUCUCGUUUUGGUUCGGCAUUCGUGCCUGCAGUCUUGUCGGCAGACACAGCUGGCCAUCUUCUGCGUGUGGACGGGGUUCAGGACGAUCAAAGACGCCAGCCUCGGUCGCUCACCGCCCCACACAUGCACACAGAAAGGCCGGUCAUCUGAUUGAGCGAACGGAACGAUUGGAUAUCUGAUGUGUGUGUGUCUCAGAUAAGCGACGUCAGCAGUCGUUCAUAGCCUUUGCCCAGCUGGACGUAUUUACCAUGUUCUCGCGGUCAUUCGACGCCCUGGUGCCGCCGCCACCCCAGAAGGCCGUCACGCCAAUAGCCAUACCUGCACUGCUCACCAGAGCCAUCCUGGUCAGUGGACAGCCGACACACCACACGGAUCGACCGAUGUAGGGGUGCACUGCACUUUGUGUGUGUGUUGGGUGCGUGCAGCCGCCCAAGGGUUGGGAUUAUGCGUAUCCGUCGGUGGCAGCGACGGCCAGCGGCGAUGUGCUGAUCGGCUUCACGGCCUUUGACAGGGCGGGGUUCCCCUCUGCCGCAUACACAUUCCGGCCCGCAGACUGCCCGGACUUCUACACGCCCGUCAUAUACAAGGCAAGGCACGCAACACAACACAACACGCAGAAUGCCACACUACCGAACCAGCAGCACUAAGUGUGUGUGUAUUGUGUUGGUCUGGUUGUGCAGAAGGGCGAGGCCCCCUACAUUCGUCCGACGGCUGAGGUGAAUCUGGGUCGGAUGAACCUCCAUCCACACAAGAACGUGUCCGCAUGGUAUUACCACCCACACCACAUCCAGACAAACCAUGCAAUGCACCCUUGUUUGUUAUGCUGGUCGUGGUGCAGGGGCCACGGCUCUGCGACAGUCAACGACCCAUCAGACCCCAGCUGUCUGUGGACGCUGCAGGUGGGUGGGAGGGCGAGACACGUACGUCAGGCAUCGCAGCCAUACGUUUCUGUCUUGUGUGCGUCAUUCACUGUGUGAAUCAGCCUUAUUCGAAGAUACAUGGCCCCCUGACCAACGGCCUCCUGCUGCCGCCCGGCAAGGGCAACUGGGCACUGAUGUGGGCACAGGUGUGCGUGGACCCCCACAGGUAUCUGGCGCGGCGGCGGCUCAAGCACAAGAACGACAUGAAGCACCGAAAUCUGCAGAGGACACAGCAGCAGGCGGCCAAGAGGAAACGGCAAACAACACACACACAGACCAACAACGUCAAGAAACCACCAGACAAAGACAAUAGGAAGGUCAAGGAGGACCAGAAGCAGCAGGAGACCGCUGAGGCCGACAUGUCGUCAGUCUUCGGCAGCGAGGCGUGGCUGGCGCGUCAGUUCCGGUCACUGCUGUCGCGGGACAGCGCGCGGCUGGGUCUGUCUGCGCUGCUGGGGCGGGAGAGGGUCAGCCAGCUUGAUGAGUUUCUCUCAUGGCGGAGGGAUGAUCAGUAGCCCGCCAGCCCCCAUUCAUUGGAUUUACCGGUGGCGCGAGGGAUGGUGGGUGGUGUGUAUGAUAGUGCAGAGACCGAACUGGCCUCCCUCCCUGUCUCCCUGUCUCCCUGUCUCCCUGUCUCCCUGUCUGCUUCUUGGUGUACAUAAAGCACCCACACAUGACAUGAAUACAUGCACAUACAUACGGAUACACAGCUGUCCUCCGUUUCUUCUUUGUCUGUCUUUGUCUCUCUGUGUGUUGGGUAUGGUGCGGCGUGGUGCGGUGGAGUCGAGUCGAGUCGAGUCGAGUGGUGCUGUGUCUACGUGUAGCUGACAGACGGAUGUCGUCAACAGGACGACAACCCAGCUGCUGGGCGAGUGGGGUGGGUAGAUCGGUCGUUGGCUGACUGACUGACUGCAGCGGCCGUUUUCCACGCGUGUGGGAUGGAUGGAUGGAUGGAUGCGUCAUUCAUGUGGAUGUGAGGACAGGUAGGUACGGCCAGCUGCGGUCAUGCGUGCGUACUUCUCACCCCCCUGCCUAUUUUUGGGCCUCAACACAAUCAACCUACUCACGCCAAUCAACGCAGAGAGAGGGGACAGAUUGACAUGCAGCAUCCACUCGCCCCAGGAUACUACCUGCACUCAGGACCGACCAGCAUCAAAGCAGCC